GAGAGAGAUGGCGCUGAUCCUUCCACCAAACGUCCCAACUGAUAAGGGAAUAGCAGCACUACUAACGCUCUCCCUCACCAUCUUUUUGCUCUUUCUCAUCCGUUUAAAACGCAAACAUGGAGAUGAAAAGCAACUCCUUCCUCUCCCGCCCGGCCCUCCCGGCCUGCCGAUCCUUGGCAACCUUCCCUUCCUCAAGCCAGACCUCCACCGCUACUUUGCUGGACUAGCCAGAUCCUACGGCCAUGUCUUCAGCCUCCGCCUCGGCUCCAAACUAUGCGUUGUUAUCUCCUCCCCUUCCGCCGCCCGUGAGAUCUUUAAAGAUCAAGACGCGGCCUUUGCAAACCACGUCGUCCCCGCCGCAGCUUUCUUCUACUUCGGAAAUUCAAAUCUUGACAUGCUUUGGGCUCCCAACGGCAAGCACUGGCGCACGCUGCGCAAAAUAGCAGUUCGAGAAAUGCUCAGCUCCUCCAGCAUCGAAGCACUGUCCCCACUUCGCUGCCGGGAAAUGCGGCGCACUGUGGGCGCGGUAUGGCACCAGGCGAAUUUGGGCGAGGCGGUGGAAGUCCGGGAGACCGCGUUUCUGACCAUACUUAACAUGACGACAAGCAUGCUGUGGGGGGAACCGGUGUCCGGCAGCGGCGAGGGGAAGGAGUUUAGGCGGGCGAUCGAAGGGCUUGUAGACCUCUUCUCGGCGCCCAACGUCGGGGAUUUCUUCCCUGUGGUAGCGCCGCUAGACCUACAGGGAUUAGGGCGGCGGAUGAGGAAGCUCUCGGAGUGGAUUAAUAAGUACCUGGAGGAGAUCGCGGAGAAGAAGAAAGAGAAGAUGGCGAGUGGGGAGAGGAGCAGGGACGUGUUGGAAGCUUUGCUGGACAUCGUCGAGGAAGGGAACCCGCAGGAGCCUUUCACCAUGGAUGACCUCUUUAAAUUGAUGGUGGAUAUUAUAGGAGGCGCAACCGACAACGCUACCACUGUGAUAGAAUGGUCAAUGGCCGAGUUGCUAAACGACCCAAAAAAAAUGAAAAUUGCUGAGCAAGAGCUUGACGAUGUCGUUGGAAAGCAGCGCAACGUGGAAGAAUCUGACAUUCCGCAGCUCAGCUACUUGUCCGCCGUCGUAAAAGAAUCACUUCGCCUCCACCCACCAGCUCCCCUGCUCAUCCCCCAUUGCCCGAGUUCUCACUGCACCGUCGGCGGCUUCUCUGUUCCAGCCGGAACCACCGUUCUCAUCAACGUGUGGGGGAUUCACAGGGAUCCGAACUUAUGGGGAGAAGAUGCCGAAGAAUUCAAACCAGAGAGGCACUUGAAAGGCAUUAAGGAAAACAGUGAUUUUCAUCUUGGAGGGAAUGAUCAGUUUUAUUACAUGCCAUUCGGGGCUGGUAGAAGGGUAUGUGUGGGGAUCGCAAUGGCGGAGAAGAUGGUUAUUUACACUUUGGCUUCUCUCCUGCAUUCUUUUGAGUGGGGGUUGCAGGAGGGUGCGUUGCUCCAGCUUCGAGAGAAGUUUGGGACUAUUUUAAGGAAGGCUGAGGAGCUCGUUGCGGUGCCGGCGGUGAGGUUGGAUAAGCCGGAGCUUUACAAUAGUCACAAAUAUGAUGGUUCUUGCCAUACUCCCUCUACUACUUCUACUUUUGCUGCGACUUAUUUCAAGAAGGCUUGGAAGACUUCCAUUGUACAAGAAGCUUCUCCUAAUGUGGAUAGGGGUUGGGGUGUCGGUGGAAUCUUUAGGGAUGAAAAUGGCAUUUGUUGCACAUACUUUGCUACACCUUGUUUGGCCAAUUCUCCUAUUGAGGCUGAAAUUAUUAUUGUUCUUGCUGCAUUACAAACUGCUAUUUCUGUAAAUCUGAAAAAUUUAAUUCUGGAAACUGAUUCUGAGAUUCUCUAUAAUAUGCUUUCAGAUAGGCUUAUUCCCCUAUGGCAUGCUACAAUUUUGUUUAAGCCCUGGGAUAGACUUUUUGGGAAUUACAGUACUGCUGCUGAGGUUCUCUAUAAGUUGCUGAUGUCUUGGGGAUCAUUUUCUAGCAGUCCUUGUUUCCUUGGGUCUGCUAGAUGGAAGUUUAUGUCUGGUCAGGCUAUGAUUUGCUUUCUUCAUGGGGUCACUGCUCCUUCCCUGGACUGCGAUUUUCUGCCUAUAUGCCCACUGCCUGUUAUGCUCCAUUCUUGGUCAAUCCACGACCCAUCUUCCAUAGCAGCAAUGUCUUCUCCUUCCUCGGCCUCCACUUCACUUUCCCCGUCGACCGUCAUUCAAUUCCUCACCUCCCCCAUUCCCUCCAUAACUCUCUUCACCUUCUUUCUCCUCACCUUCGCACGCUACAUUAUCAUCAGAAAUCUCCCACAAACAAAUCCCCUCCCUCCCGGCCCUCGCCGCCUUCCUCUCCUGGGCAAUCUCUCCCUCCUCCUCCUCCCCAACCUCCACCACCGCCUAGCCCGCCUCUCUCUCACCUACGGCCCCAUCAUGCACCUCCGCGUCGGCACCAAACUCUGGAUCGUCAUCAGCUCGCCAAAAAUCGCCAAACAAAUCUUCACAGAAAACGACGUCGAUUUCUCUGACCACGAACAACCCAUCGCCGCUGCGGUCAUCUCCUACGGCGGCGCAAACCUGGUACGCUGCCCUUACGGCCCCACCUGGCGCAUGCUUCGCCGAGUGUUCGUGCACGAGCUCGUCAACGCGAAAAGCAUGGCCGAUGCCGCCAUGGAGCUCCGGCGGAGUGCGAUGAAGCGUGCGGUGCGAGGGAUUUGGGCGAGAGGCAGGGGAGGAGUGGCCAUUAAUGUUGGUGAGUUAGCCUUCGAGGUUUCGCUUAAUAUGCUCAUGAGUAUGUUAUGCGGGGAUGUGAAGAGUGUUGGGUGGAGGGAUGGGGGGAAGGAAUUUAGGAGGGUGAUGAAGGAGACGGUGGAGCUGCUUGGGAGGCAGAAUGUGUCGGAUUAUUUUCCAGUUAUUUCGGGGUUUGAUUUGCAGGGGAUUAAGAGGGAGAUGAUGAAGAGGGUGGCGUGGCUGGAUAGGGUUUAUGAGGAUAUGAUUGAGGAGAGGAUGAAGCUGAGAGAAUGUAGAGUUGGUGAAGAUGGAGGAGGAGGGAGUGGGGAGGAGAAGAAGGAUUUGUUGUGGAAGCUUUUGAAGAUUAGAGACGGGGAGGAGCCCAGGGUUAGGCUGUCCCAUAUACAGCUCAAGGCUUUGAUAAUGGAUUUCCUAGUCGGCGGAACAACCGGAACCUGGACUACCAUCGAAUGGCUAAUGGCGGAGCUGAUGCAUCGACCCGAAACAUAUCACCGCGCCCUCAACGAGCUCGACACGGUGGUGGGCCGCCGUCGAACGGUCGAAGAAUCUGACAUCCCCCAUCUCCCAUACCUACGCUCCCUCAUAAAAGAAACCCUCCGCCGUCAUUCCGUAAUUCCCCUGCUCGUUCCUCGCGUCCCCAGCCGUCCCAUCACCGUUGCCGGUUACCUCAUCCCCGCCGGCGCACGCGUCGUCACCAACGUCUGGGCCAUUCAAAACGAUCCUCAGGUAUGGCAUGAACCGCAUGAGUUUAGACCCGAGCGAUUCUUGGAUGGAGGGGAAGGGGAAGGUGUUGCGGGUGGAUUCGGGUUCUUUCCAUUCGGGGCCGGGAGGCGGAAGUGUGCGGGAUUGCCGCUUGCGGAGAGGAUGCUGCCGUUUGUGGCGGCGAGUUUAUUGCAUUUGUUUGAGUGGAGGAUGGGGGAGGGGGUGGAUAUGAAGGGGAGAACCGGCGUUACUUUAACUAAGGAAAAGCCGCUUGUAGCGCUUGCGGUGGCUAGGUUUCCGGCGUGCAAGGAGAUGUAUGAAUGAAGAUUGAAGGCAGCUGCGCCUAUUGUAAUAAUUGGAUAUUUGGUUGGGGCAAGUUGUCAUCUUUAACUGUAAUCUAUAAUUAAAAGCCUCUCCAUUGCUCAACAUUUGGGAUUUCAAAUAAUGUUUUUGAGCUCAGGUAAA